AUGACAAUGCUUCAACAUUGGCAACAGAUUUAUGAUCCGAUGGGCAAUAUCUGGGUAUCCAGUGCCAUUGCGCUGAUACCAAUUAUCUUUUUCUUUUUAGCCCUUGCUGUAUUCCGCAUGAAAGGAAGCGUUGCGGGGACAAUUACAGUUGUAUUGGCUUUACUGGUUUCAUUAUUUGCUUAUCAAAUGCCAACGGUGAUGGCAUUGGCAUCAUUGGUCUAUGGUUUCUUUUAUGCACCUGUGGCAUUUGGUGCAAUGGGGAUUCCAAUUAUUGUGGCUGGACAGGUUUCUGGUGUAGAAACAAUGGAAAUCAGUCAGAUGGUUGGACGUCAGUUGCCAUUUAUGGUUCCAAUUGUGCUGUUCUGGAUCAUGGCGAUUAUGGAUGGUUGGCGUGGUGUAAAAGAAACUUGGCCUGCUGUGAUUGUCGGUGGUGGUUCUUUUGCGCUAGCACAAUAUUUGACUUCAAACUUUGUGGGGCCAGAAUUACCAGAUAUUACCGCUUCAAUUGCGUCUUUAGUUUCAUUAACGAUUUUAUUAAAAUAUUGGCAGCCAAAGCAUAUCUUCCGUUUUGCAAAUGAAGAUGACAGCAUGAGCGAGAAUCUUGCUGCACAAAAACAGCAGAAAUAUAGCCUUGCUCAAAUUGCCAAAGCGUGGUCUCCAUUUGCGAUUUUAACAGUGAUGGUUACGAUCUGGAGUGUAAAGCCAUUUAAGGAUUUAUUUACCAAAGAUGGUGCACUGCAUGAUUUAGUGAUUUCUAUCAAAGUGCCAUAUUUGCAUCAAAUGAUUCAAAAGAUGCCACCUGUUGUUGCUGAAGUAAAAGACUAUGAUGCAAUUUAUAAAUUUGAUUGGUUCUCAGCAACGGGUACCGCAAUUAUUAUUGCUGCAAUCAUUACUAUUAUUUUCUUAAAAAUGAAGCCAAAAGAAGCAGUGGUUACUUUUGCUGAAACCAUUAAUGAAUUAAAAAUUCCAAUUUAUUCGAUUGGGAUGGUGUUGGCAUUUGCUUUUAUUGCUAACUAUUCAGGAAUGUCUGCAACCUUGGCUUUGGCAUUGGCACAUACGGGGCAAGCAUUUACAUUCUUCUCUCCAUUCUUAGGAUGGUUAGGUGUAUUCCUUACAGGUUCGGAUACUUCUGCAAAUGCUUUAUUCGGGGCAUUACAAGCCACGACUGCGCAACAAAUUGGUGUCCCAGAAGUAUUACUGGUUGCUGCAAAUACCAGUGGUGGUGUCACUGGGAAAAUGAUUUCUCCUCAGUCGAUUGCAAUUGCAUGUGCGGCGGUGGGGCUGGUAGGUAAAGAGUCUGAUCUGUUCCGUUUUACGGUUAAACACAGUAUAACGUUUACUGUAAUGAUCGGUAUUAUUAUUACACUACAAGCUUAUGUGUUCCCAUGGAUGAUUCCAUGA